AUGAAUACCUACGUUGCUGGCAAAACCUGGCCCUCGAGACCCAGUAGCACAGCCGAAUGGAGAGUCUGGCACAUUUACGAUGAACGGGUGCUCAAAGAGAGUGAAGCGGACGGAUCGAGCUUGUCGGGUGCCCAUUGCGUUUUCGAGGAGUUGCGUCCACGAAAGCAGAGGAAGUCGGCUGCGGACCGUGCCACAGUGACUGCCCUUGAGGCUAAAGUCUCUGACUUGGCUCUACAAUUGGAACAAAGCAAGCGCUGCCGCCAACCUGAAAGACGACCAGUAGCUCUCAGUUCCUCUGAGUCUGAUGCGAUCACGAUCGAUCAAACCCACGUCCCAGUGCUCUUGAAUGGCUCGAAUGAGCAGACGACCAACCAUCACCCAUUGCCACUGCCUAGUCGUCAGGAACCUCAGCUGUCAAUGACCUGUGGCUUAGAUGGUCAAGGCAAACAUCCCAUAUCACGAAUGCUCCAAGACGGCGCUCUCAGCUACAACGACGCCACAUUCUACUUGUCCAAAUAUCGUCGGAUGUGCGACUACUCGCCAUUCGUCAUGAUAUCUGAAGAUAGUACCGUUGAUUCAAUGGCCCAACAACGACCAUUCCUCCUGCACGCGGUGCUCGCUAUUUCGACGCAGGAGAACAAGGAUCUGCAGAGAAGAUUCGAGUCAGGCUUCCGCGAGUCAUUACUACGAUCUGUCACGAUCGAAGGAGAGAAAAGUAUAGACUUGCUACAGGCCUUCGUCGUCUACUUGGCCUGGUAUCACUUCUUCUACAUCCCGAUGAAACAACAAUUCAAUCAACUGCUUCAAAUAGCCAUCAGUAUGUGCAUCGAUAUGGGCCUCGACCACCCUCCCAGCGAGGCAGCCGCUCGCAAAAUCGGACUCCAGUUGGAGCACCACUACACCGUAGGGGGGUUGAAAUGCGACAGAUUCUUCAGCAAGGCUGCCAGGCGUGUAUAUCUUGGAUGCCACUACCUUUCUGCCACCUCUUCAUGGAUAUGGCGCAAACCCAACAAUCUUCACUGCACGGAAUACUUGAUGGAAUGCGCUGAAUCCCUGGCAAAGGAUCCAGAGUAUGAAACGGACGUCCUCAUCCUUCCGCUCAUCCAAUCUCAAACGCUGGGCGACCAGUACCAUGAAGUCUUUUUAUCAAGCAAUUUCGACUACUCCAGACCUUCGUGCUCAGCGAGGACCAAGGAGAAAUUGAACACCUUUCGCACGACAAUGGACACGCUCCUGUCCACGAACAGUGCCUUAGACAGCAUGACGCUAAGCCUAGCAACACAAUUCGCGACCUCCCACGCCCACGAGAUGGAUCACCUGAACCCGUGCCUCUCGAACAAGCAUUUCGUCCCCGGAGACCUCAAAGACUGGGCGUCCAACAUAUCCAGCCAGCACGACGUGCUGAUGGUCUGUCUCGACGCCGCCACCGCAUUCAUCGAGACAUUCCUCUCUCUCCCGUUAACCGAGUACCCGAAGCUCUCAGUCCUCCAAUGGUGGGGAUUGAUCUGCAACACCGCAUUCCUGUACCGCCUAUCUCUCGGCACGCCCAAACUGCGACAGUGGAAUGUAACAAUCGCCCGAGACGCCGCGAGAUUGGAGCUGUACCUGGAGCUUCUCUGCUAUCGCAUGCAAUGCAUCACGGGAUCGACGUCGGAGAUCGCCACCGGGAGGGACUUGUUUUCGCUCAUGUGUCCGAUCUUCGGCAACGUGAAGAACACGUACGAACGGCUGAAGAAGCUGCCGCAGAGCUCUAGCGCUAUCGAUGAGCAGCCUGUACAUGCGAAGGCGUUUACCGCGGAGGGUACAAGUGUGAUCGGAGGCGUUGUUGAUAGCGGAACUGCCGCGCAAUCAGGGGGUCAUGUCUCCAGCCACCACCACCACCACCACCACCACCAGCAGGCAAAUGCAGACAUGAUGAUCAAGCCAAGCCAAUGCCCAGCAUUCAGGUAUUGGUCACAAGCGCCAGAUCUCGCCGACAGUGACGAUGUGGACGGCAGUGAACUGAGGACACCCGAACCAGUCGACCUCAAUUUAUUCCUGGACCUCGACGCCCUGGGCAACGACGCCUCGUGGCUCGACGACAUGUCCCACGUCAACUGGGAAUUCAAUCAUGCACCGUCUAACAUGCAUUGA